AUGCCUUGGUCAACUUGGGUAAACCCACAGUCGAGUGGCGGAAGUUGGGAGAAGUUCAAGUCAAAGCGGAGGAACACCAAUGUACUUAUCAUAUCGGGUUGUAUAUUUCUUUUCUUGAUAUCAACAUAUCUGUACGCACCAGGAAUAUUUCAAUUUGACCGAAAUGUGGUAAAUGAGAUAAAAUUAGAUGAACCUACGCAGGUGGUAGGUGGUCUACCUGGCUUUUACGUCUUUGAAGAGUUGUGGUAUAGGAAUGGUACUUUUUAUGCUUUCCGUGAAAAUGUGACGGACGUACCCCUCCCAGAUAAAGAUAAGAUCAUAUCAGGACCUCAUGAUAUCAUAAGUCAGCCUUUAUCGGCUCAAGAGGAACUUAUGAACGGCGAAAUUGGGCAGAUUCGAUACUUCAAUGUAUUCCUGAAUGACGGUGCGGAUCAAUGGAAGUGGUCAUACCUCAAUUGGUUCUACCAUCUAGCUGCAGAAGCUUUAAUGGGCGGUAUCGCUUCUCUCGCACUAUCAGAUGACAUGUUGGAGGAAGAUUCACCACGAUUGAUGAUUCCGUGGGAAGGGAGUUGGAAAGAUGGUUAUGGGAUAAACGAAGGUAUGAUCAGAGCAAUCUUCGGGAACGAUCUGGUAGAGAAAGAUCAGUGGGAGCAGUGGAGUGUUUCGAGGGAUUGGAUAGGGCGUGAGAAAGUGGUUAUUGUCGAUCGAUAUGCUUCUCACCGACAUAAUCCAACAGCCAACGAAUGGAAUAAAAUGUCCCUUCCUAUCUUCGAAGAAUUACCUUCCCCUCCUCCACCAUUCUUCGCGCACUACCGACAAAAACUCUUGAGAAACCUUCACCUGUCGCAACCACCAGUUCGUGCGAAGGUAGGAAAAGCUUUGGAUGUUAUUCCCAAAAUCGUUUAUCUCGAUAGGCAAGAGACGAAUCGCAAGCUUAGCGAUGGCGAUCAUACCGGUUUACUAGGGGUAUUGAGAAACUUGGAGAAAGAUGGGAAAGCUGAAGUGGGGGUACCACAUUUAUCGGAGAUGGGAUUCAGAAACCAGGUGAAAGCUAUCAAAAGCGCUGAUAUCAUUAUUGGGAUACAUGGAAAUGGAUUGACCCAUCAGAUGUGGAUGCCGGAAGGUGGAAUCGUCAUUGAGCUUUUCAUCCCAGAUUCGUUCUUAAGAGAUUAUCAAGUCUUGAGCCAAGCUUUGGGUCAUCGUCAUUUCGCUAUAUGGAACGAUCGUAUACUUUCGCCUUCCGAAUGGGAGACCAUCGAUGGACAAUUGAACCCUACGAUCAUGCAUAAUGGGACGCUGAUACCUUUGAAUACAUCUUGCAUUCAGACGUUGUUAGAAAACCUGCUCGUAGGGAUGAAUUAG